ACCUUCAAGUGCUCGCAACCCCCACCGUGGACGAUACCCCUGGAACGUUGCCCACUUGAUGUGUGUUGUGAAUGUGUUCUCACCUGCAUUGUCUUAGCUGAGUGCACUGCAACGUCACGCCUUACUUUACAGCUUUAGAUGGAGGUCAUAUGGGUUUCAAUCGUGGUAUUCCUGCUCAUAGUGACGUCACAUAGUAAGUCUUACAAGUUCUCCAAUGUCCGGCAGCAAAAAAUUCCAGUGAUUUUGUCCCUCCUCAUAAGCGGAAAGGAGUUACACCCGGCCGGAGUGUCCCAACUGGUCUACACGUUAGACAGAAAUUAAACACCGAGUACAUAAAGGCUAAACUUAUGGAUGUGAUGUCUAACACUUCCAACAUAAUUUCAGGUUAGUUGUGUGUUCUGUUGAGUCAGUAGGUGAACCUGGGAAACCUGCCAUAAGUGUGUCGACAUAUUCAGGAGCGGAUAACUUGAGAGAGCCCAACAAUCAAUCAGUCAGACGCUUUCGUUCAUAUGACGAAUUAAAAAAAGACUUCCAGAAAAUAAAUAUGAAUGUCAAGACAGAUCCCGAAAUUAUAACUGAAAUAAUGACUGAAAUAAAACAGGAUAAUUCCUCAGACGAACGAUUAGCAAUACUUUUGGAGGAUCUAUCCUAUUACCUGCACCAGAUUGACAAUGCAAAGAUUUUCUCUAGAAAUGGUUUCGAAACACUCUCAAGGCUUUUGCACCAUCCCAGUUAUGAAGUUAAAAAGGCUUCUUUAAAAGCAAUUAGCGCUGCUACUCAGGGGAAUUCUGAUGUCCAAGUAGUCGCACUUCAAAAUGGUGUGGUUGACCAACUACAUUCUUUUUUGAAAGCAAGCAUGGAUGAGCAAGAUUCGUUGGAAUUCACUACAUUACUAUCAGGAGGAGUGUCAACGUUAAGUGCGUUGCUGCGUAACUUCCCAGUUGCUCAAAAACAGUUCUUUUCAACUUCAGUAAUGUCGCCAUCUGGUUUCGAGCUGCUUGCAAAACUAAGUCGUCUAAAUGUUACAAAUGGCAUUCGAGGCUUGCGGGUUCGAAUCCUGACGCUUUUGACAGAUCUUUACAGUGAGCGGCUUGAUACCCAAAUAGCUUUUGGGGAAGACCCCACAAAAACAAAAAUGGAUGUAUGGAGUAUAUAUGCUAGUAUCCCUUUCGAAGAAAACUUUCUAAUGUAUGGAUUUUGCGAAACCCUACAUAUUUCUUUACUUCAAGAUGUUCAAAGGGGUAUGGGAUAUAACGAUUUAAGUGCACCAGUAAACCAUGAUAUACGUGAAAAAGUUAUAACAGCGUGCUUAAAGUUUUUCAACGUAUGUGAUUGGAAAUCACUCAAUUUCUCAAACAAACAAUAUAUUCUAAGCUUAUUGGACUCAAUCAUACACGAGUACGAGCUGCUCUCGAAAAGUGAGACUGAUGGCAUUGAUUCUUAUUUCACUGAAAUGCUACUUAAAGCUCAAAAGUUCAGGAACAUGUUGGAGCCUUAUGAAUCGCCGAAAACUGACCUGUAAUUCCCUAACGAGCUUCUGUAACACAACAGUUGCAUGCGAUGUACAUACUUGCUUUAAUAUUACAUAUUUUCGCUUUGAAGUUCCCUGUAUUUUGAAACUUAAAUCCAUUUUUCAUUUAAGUACAUUUCUGAUACUUAU